UGGUCUCCAUAAAUUCCCACCGCACUCAAACAUCUUCCAUUUAAGUUGACAGUACACCAUCCACAACUAGCACUUCAUUUUCUAAUGUUGCUAAAUAUGGUGAUACGCAUUCCUACUUUUUCUCUGUUUCUUCUUCUACUAUCCAUAUCUGCAUAUGCAAACAUUGAAGGGGAUGCUUUGUAUGCUUUAAGGAGAGCAGUGAAAGAUCCAAGAAAUGUUCUGCAAAGCUGGGAUCCUACUUUAGUUGAUCCAUGUACUUGGUUUCAUGUUACUUGUGAUUCCGAAAACCGGGUCACUCGACUUGAUCUUGGAAAUGCGAAGCUGUCAGGUAAUCUUGUACCUGAGUUGGGGAAGCUUGAGCGUCUUGAGUACUUGGAACUGUACAUGAACAAUUUUGAGGGGAAAAUACCACCUCAGCUUGGAGGACUAAAGAAUCUUAUAAGCUUAGAUCUUUUCCAUAAUAAUCUAACCGGUUUCAUUCCACCUUCGCUUUCCAGGCUUUCUAAUAUCAGAUUCUUGCGACUCAAUGGCAACAAAUUGACAGGAAGAAUUCCAAGAUCUCUUACCAAGCUUCAUAACCUCAAGAUUUUGGAUGUGUCUAAUAACGAUUUAUGUGGCACCUUUCCUACUUGGGGUUCCUUCUCUAGCUUGACAGAAGAAAGUUUCAUGAAUAAUCCGAGAUUGGAAGGACCAGAACUUAUGGGUUCCGUGAAGUACGAUGAUAGUGAUGGCAACUAAAUAUAUUUUGAGGGGUAAUGGCAAUUGGAAUUAGGGUUGAAAUAGCUUCUAGUUUGGUUGCAAAAAAUAGGUAAUGCUUAUGAAGUACUACUAGUACUUAUGUAUUCUGACAGUGUGGUGUGCUGUGAUACUAUGUAGUUUUUGCCGUGUGUAAUGUUUAUAUAUAUAUUUAUGACAAAAUCUUAAAAGAUCAAAAUAAAGGAUUUGAUGUUAGACCUGUA